CCCUUCUUCACUUCAACAGAUCCCGCAAAGCACUUGACUUCAGUAACGCAGUUCCUGUCUUCUUCCUUAGCGCCGACGGAGCCCUAACAAGCGAGCGAUGAACUACCGGUUCCAAAACCUCCUGGGAGCCCCCUACCGAGGAGGCAACGUGGCGAUCACAAGCAACAACCUGCUCAUCUCACCGGUGGGCAACCGAGUCACUGUCACUGACCUCGUAAAGUCCCAAACGGUAACCCUCCCCGUCCAAUCUUCCUCCGACAUAUGCCGCCUUGCCGUCUCCCCAGACGGCGUUUUCCUCCUCACCGUUGACGGCAACAACCGCUGCCUCCUCAUCAACCUCCACCGGCACGUCGUCCUCCACCGCAUCUCCUUCAAGCAUCCAGUGAAUGCCCUCGCCUUCAGUCCCUGCGGGUCCCGCAUCGCAGUCGCUACCGGUAAACUCCUCCAGAUCUGGCGCUCCCCGGGCUUCAAGAAGGAGUUCUUCCCCUUCGAGCUGAUCCGAACAUUUGCCGAUUUUGACGACAAGGUCACGGCGUUGAAUUGGAGCCCCGACUCGAUGUACAUACUCGCCGGGUCGAAAGACUUGACGGCGAGGCUGUUUUCGGUCAACAAAAUCGGUGUUCUCAAAAUGAAGCCGUUUUUGUUUCUGGGUCAUAGAGACACGGUAGUCGGUACAUUUUUGGGAAUCGAUAAGAAGACCAACAGAGUUAAUAUGGUUUAUACGAUUACGAGGGAUUGUUACAUGUUCAGCUGGGAGUGGAGUGGCGUUGAGGGUACAUUACACGAAUCGGCAGGUGGGAGUUGGGAGCCGGACUCUCCGGGGACGCCGGAGAGGGAAAUGGAGUGUGGGAAUGUGGUGAAGACGAAGAAGAGGAAGGGUUCUGACGAUGCUAAGGAUGGUAAUUUGGAGGAGAAUGGUGGGUAUUUGAGUGGAGGGAAAUGGGGUUUAUUGAGGAAGGAUUGUUUUAACCAGGCUCCAGCGAAGUUAACAGCCUGUGAUUAUCACCGGGGCCUCGAUAUGAUGGUGGUGGGUUUCUCAAAUGGGGUUUUCGGGUUGUAUCGGUUGCCGGAUUUCGUUUGUAUUCACUUGCUGUCGAUAUCUAGGGAGAAGAUCACCACGGCAGUGUUUAACGAGGCAGGGAAUUGGUUGACGUUCGGGUGUGCGAAGCUAGGGCAGUUGCUGGUGUGGGAGUGGCGGUCGGAGAGUUAUGUGUUGAAGCAGCAGGGGCAUUACUAUGAUGUGACUUGCGUGGCUUAUUCUCCUGAUUCCCAGCUUUUGGCUACCGGAGCGGAUGAUAACAAAGUCAAGGUGUGGACUGUUUCAUCAGGCUUUUGCUUUGUAACAUUCUCAGAGCACACUAAUGCUGUGACUGCUCUCCAUUUUAUGGCCAGUAAUCAUUGCCUCUUAAGUGCAUCUCUGGAUGGGACUGUUCGUGCAUGGGAUCUGUUCCGUUAUCGAAAUUUUAGGACAUUCACUACCCCUUCAUCUCGGCAAUUUGUUUCUCUUGCGGCUGAUCAAAGUGGUGAAGUGAUUUGUGCUGGAACUCUAGAUUCAUUUGAGAUCUUUGUUUGGUCAAUGAAGACGGGUCGUUUGUUGGAUAUUCUUAGUGGUCAUGAAGGACCUGUUCAUGGACUGAUGUUUUCUCCUACAAAUGAAAUCUUAGCUUCUUCAUCAUGGGACAGAACUGUUCGGUUGUGGGAUGUUUUCGAAGGGAAAGGUGCUGUUGAGACAUUUCCUCAUACACACGAUGUACUUACGUUGGUUUAUCGUCCAGAUGGAAGGCAAUUGGCUUGCAGCACAUUAGAUGGACAGAUUCAUUUCUGGGACCCAAUCGAUGGCUUGUUAAUGUACACCAUUGAAGGCCGUAGAGAUAUUUCUAGUGGUCGUCUUCAGAAGGAUCGUAGAUCUGCAGCUAAUUCAACUUCAGGAAAGUACUUCACAACCUUAUGUUACUCUGCUGAUGGGAGUUAUAUCUUUGCUGCUGGGCGUAGCAAAUUCAUCUGUAUGUAUGACAUUGCCGAUCAGGUGUUGCUGCGACGAUUUCAAACAACCUGUAAUCUCUCUCUGGAUGGAGUUCUCGACCUCUUAAACUCGAAGAAUAUGACAGCAGAUGGCCCUCUGGAACUAAUUGAUGAUGAUGUGAGUGACACAGAAGAAGGUGUUGACAAACAAAUCCGAGCGAAGUUAGAUUAUGAUUUACCUGGAACUGGGGCCAACCGUGGAAGGCCUGUUGUUCGUACAAAAUGCCUGAGAAUUGCACCCACUGGGCGGAGCUUUGCUGCAGCAACGGCAGAGGGUGUGUUAGUUUAUUCAAUUGACGAAUCCUUCAUCUUUGAUCCUGCAGACCUUGACAUAGAUGUUACACCGGAGGCAGUUGAUGCAGCACUAAAUGAAGAUAAUCCAAAUACAGCUUUAAUUCUUAGCCUUCGUCUAAAUGAGGAUGCGCUAAUAAAAAAGUGCAUUUUUGCUGUCAGUCCAGUAGAUAUACCAGCUGUUGCCUCAUCAAUCCCUUACAGAUAUGUGCAGAGGCUAAUAGAAGCAAUUGCGGAUCUAGUAGAAAGCUGCCCGCAUUUGGAGUUCAUACUUCGAUGGUGUCAGGAGCUAUGCAAAGCCAAUGGCAACUCUAUUCAACAGAAUUCUAGAAAUCUGCUUCCUGCUUUAAAGUCUUUGCAGAAAGCAAUCACCAGAAUACAUCAGGAUUUGGCAGAUACAUGUUCUUCCAAUGAAUAUAUGCUUCGAUAUUUAUGCUCCACAAGCACCACGAAAUGAAUAGGCACGUUAUCAUUGUGGGCACUCUUCAGCACAAACCUUCCUUGCCAGGCAUGGAAUUUCACGCUGCAGCCCUCAAGAAGCCGGAGUCUGCAAGCAAAUCCAGUGCGUUCAUUGUAAAGUCAUUCAGUCAGGUACCUAAGUCUACUGUUCUUUAUGGAUGAAUGAGUGGCGUCAUCAGUUCAUGUUGUCUAUCUGAUUGUAUGGGAUAGGCAACACAAUAUGGCAUCAUAGAAAAGAUUUUGUUGUGGAGUAGAUGGGAACUUUGAUGGAAUCGAUUAGUUCGGGUACUUCUCUUUUUAGUCUAUUAUUUUUUUUUAAUAUAUGGAUAAUUGUUCUUAAACCUGAGUUGGCCGCUGAGACAUUCAGAAUGAAUGGAAUUCUUUUAUGGCCAUUGUAGCGAAUGUCAACAGCAGGACUAAAUAGAUAGGGUUAUUACAUGAACUUGGCUUGGGUUUGAUGA